UAUAUAAAAUAUACUAUAGUGUAUAAGAUGUUAUAUUAAAAUGUGUAAGAUAAUAUUAAGUGUGUUGGAGUAAUUUUGGUGGGAUUAAUUAAGAAAAGACCAGGAAUAAAAAAUUUAAUGGGGAGGAAUAAAUUGUGGUGUUCUCCCCAUCAGGAAUAGGAAUAGUAAUUUUAGUUGGAAUUCAACUACACCUAACUGAUUUAACUUUUAUUAGUCAGUAAUGAUGAAGUUUGCUGUAUUGGCUUUGUUCACAGUUUUGACUUCGGGCAUCUUUGUAUCAGCCGAUGAAUUAGACUUGAGGAAAUUGGGGUUUGUCCUAUACGGAAAACACGGUGAUGGUACUGCUACCGCAGUAGACAGUGGUAAAUGCCCACUUGGUGCUCUUCCUGCCACCGUUUUCCUCCACAAGACUUUUGCCAAGGGUGAUCAUUUCUUCACAUGGGUCAGACCAGUCCACGGCAAGGUAAACAAAGUUGUCUGUGGAAACCACUUGGUCUGGGAGGCAGUCGGAGACGAAGUACUUUUGGACUUGCACUUUGUAGGUAGCAAGGAGAGUAAGAAGUUUGUCCAUUUGGAAGUUCUUCACCCCUUGGGAGGAGCAGUUCAUCUGUUCCUUGCCUUCGCCGCAGGAGCAAAUCCAGGUACUGCUAAGGCCGUUGGUAUGGCUGCUUUUGUAGCCGCCCUCCACGAGUUGGUCAAGGACGUUCACAAAGCUGAAGGUCUUCCAGCACAUCAUCUCGUAAGCGCGCUAGCACUUCAUGCUGCUUAAUCUAAUAAUUAAUAAGUAAAGUCAACGUCUUAAGUUUAAAAAAUCAUUUAGUAUUAAACAAACGGGACUUUUUGUUUAAUACGGUGUAAAAACACAUAAUUUAGUCCUAU